AUGGAUCCAAAUCAAAAGAAAAAUGCUGAGCUGGUCGACAAAUUUUGGGAAGAACAAUUCAAGAAAAUUAGCGAGACUGCUGAUUUGAAGUCUCAUAUUUGUACGUCCAGAGUUAAGAAGGUCAUGAAAGAGGUGGCGGAUGUGAAAAUUCCGAAUCAAACUUGUGUUUUCAUGGCAAAAGUUUGUGAAUUGUUCAUUAAGGACAUUACAAUGAGAUCUAUGUUCAAAAUGAAAGAAGCCGGAAGGACAAGCAUUGAAAUCAAUGACGUGGUUGAUACUUUAGGUGAUAUUGAUUCGGAAACUAAAAUUGAGGAUGACAAAGCUGAAAUUUCUGCAAAUGAAGAUGAUUAA